AUGCUAGGCCUAGGUCUCCAUGUGUCUGCGCAUGACUGGAGACGUCCCAAGAAGCCAGGCAGCCUCCUGAACUCCUAUAAAUACGCUCCUCCAGCCCCAAGUCCAAACCAUUCCAUUCCCAAAGCUAGAGAGCACCUGAAAAGUUUGCAUUGUUGUGAGGUUGUGAUGGGUAAUCUUCUAGGGAGAGAAGUUAUGCCGUCAGAUCUCUUGUGUUGUGAGGUUGUGUCGGGUAACCUUCGGGGAAGGUUAGGCCGCCAGAUCUCUUUUGUGUGUGAGGUUGUGUUGGGUAACCUUCGGGAAGGAUAUGCCAACAGAUCUCUUUUCUGUAUGCAUCGGUUGUGGGGUUAUAGCAUGGCUAUGCCGCUAAACCUCGAGUGCAUACUAACAUGGUGAUUUCAGUUUGUGGUGUGGUUUGGAAAUGAAGACCAAGGGGGCCUUUAUAUAGGUUUUUCGGAAGCUCGAGGUGGCGUCUGGUGGCUUCAGAACGCGACACCUUGCUUCCGCAUGCAACCAAUGGCAUUGCUGCACGCCUGGAGCAGCUUCUUCCAUCCCAAUCCACUUGAGUCAAAUGGCACCUUCCCAUUGGUCCAUUCCCCAAGCUGCUGGGUAGCUGAACGUGAUUGGUUCGUUGAGGAUGAGCAUCUCCUCCUUGAUCCUAUCUUCCUGGAUCAAGUGGCUCCUUCCCAUUGGCUCAUUGUUGAUCAGAUCAACAAGCUGCUGAGUGUCUAG